AUGGCUGUGUCGUCGUCGCGGCUGCCACGUUGGGCGCCCACGACCAGUCCGUCACGGUCACUCUGGCGUUGGGGCGGCGCUACAGAUGAUGCACGAACCGGCUCCGGCGGCACAGGCUGGUCGCUAAGUCGAAUAUUCGCGUGGGCGAGCGGCUGGCGGCGUAGGCCGGCGGCUUUUGACGGCGUUGAAGUAGCGCCGACAACAGCGGCAGCGGCGGUGGCGCCUACGCCAAACCGACGAUGGGCGGGCAGGGAUGACGACCCCGGAGUGUUCCUGACGUGGGAGGAUGUAUGCGUCACGGCGGCCGGCGGGGGGCGCCGGCCACCGGUGAGCAUCCUGAGCGGGAUCAGCGGGCAUGCGGCGCCGGGAGAGGUGCUCGCCAUCAUGGGGCCGUCCGGCUGCGGCAAGACCACGCUUCUUGAUACUCUCGCAGGACGGCUAGGGCCUGGAGUUACUGAAACCGGGUUCAUUUUGAUUAAUGGACGCCGGGAGAAACUUGCCUUUGGAACCUCGGCUUAUGUGACCCAAGACAACGUGUUGAUGCCGACGAUGUCGGUGCGCGAGGCCAUGUACUACUCGGCGCAGCUGCAGUUGCCGGACACGAUGUCGGCGGCGGAGAAGCGCGCGCAUGCGGACGUUGUAAUUCAGGAGAUGGGGCUCGGCGACGCCAUGGACACACGCAUCGGCGGGCAGACGAGCAAGGGCAUCAGCGGCGGGCAGCGGAAGCGGGUGACCAUCUGCAUUGAGAUACUCACAAGGCCACGGCUACUCUUCCUAGACGAGCCCACCAGCGGGCUUGACAGUGCCACCUCCUACCACGUCAUGACCCACAUUGCCAGGAUCGCUGCCAGGGAGGGCAUGACCGUCGUCGCCGCCAUGCACCAGCCCAGCGGCGACGUCUUUGACCUCUUCCACGGCCUCUGCCUGCUUGCCUACGGCAGGACGGUCUUCUUCGGAGCAGCAUCCGAUGCCACCCAGUUCUUUGCUCAAAAUGGGUUCCCAUGUCCACACGUGAGGAACCCAUCUGACCACUUCCUGAGAACAGUGAACAAAGAUUUUGACGAGGAAACUGUUGAAAGCUCCAGAGCUAGGAGAAAAAGGGCAGCUGAAGCAAUAGACAUUCUGACACAUGCUUAUCAGUCCCCCGCUUAUUCAGAAAAAACAAUGAACCGGAUAGCUGAGAUGAAAGGGAUAGGUGGAGCUCCAUUUCGAAAGAGGGAACAAGCCAGCUUCUCAACAAAGCUCUUUGUACUCACCAGAAGGUCAUUUAUAAAUAUGCACAGAGACAUAGGAUACUAUUGGAUGCGUUUUGGUGUUUACCUAGGCAUGGGCAUUUGUAUUGGUACUGUAUUCUACCAACUUGGAAACACUUACAGUUCUAUCCAGUCUAGAUGUGAAGUAAUAAUGUACAUGAUCAUACUUGUUACAUUCAUGGCUGUUGGAGGAUUCCCUUCUUUUGUAGAGGACGUAAAGGUAUUCAGAAGAGAGAGGCUGAGCGGCCAUUACGGUGUGGCAGAGUUUGUGAUCUCAAAUACAUUGUCAGCCACUCCAUACCUGACCGUCAUCUCCUUGAUCCCGGGUGCAGCAUUGUACUACCUUACGGGUUUAACCAAAGGGGCUGACCGCCUUGCCUACUUUGUCAUCAACCUAUGCAUGUGCACGUUCCUGGUCGAGAGCAUGAUGAUGAUCAUCGCUGUUAUCGUCCCAGACUUCCUGAUGGGAAUAAUAGUCGGGGCUGGAGUGCAAGGGCUGAUGAUGCUCAAUAGUGGCUUCUACCGCCUUCCCAAGGAUCUCCCAAAACCGGUGUGGAAGUACCCUUUCUACUACAUCUCCUUCCACAAGUAUGCAGUGCAGGGAUCCUACAAAAACGAGUUCAUUGGGCAGACUUUCCCGGGCGACCAGUUUAUUGAGAAAAAUGUCACCAUCAGUGGCCUUCAGGUGCUGCAGGAGAAGCUGCAGGUGGAGAUGGGGUACUCCAAAUGGGUCGAUAUUGCUAUCCUUUGUGGAAUGAUAGUGGUGUACAGGGUGGUGUUCUUUGCUAUUGUCAAGAUCGCGGAGAAAGCCAGGGCAAAACAAAGGGGAAUGAGAUGCAAAUGGUGA